UCAAGUAAAAUCUUUAUACUAAAAGUCGACGUGCAUUAUCAAUCGGUUUGAAAAUAAUUUCUUAGUUAUUAUUAGGACCUUGAAUCGAACCAAUAUUUGAACACAUUUUAACCCACAAGUCUAUUAUACUAUGCAUGCUCAAGACAAAGUAAACUCGUAAUUUGGAAAGGAUUGAAUAAUAUACACAAGCCGAAAUGUACAAGUGCAUGAAUUUCAUGUCUUGGUUUCUCUUUAUUCAUCUACUAGUAACCCUGUGUUCCUAUGGAUGCAGAGGCAGAGAAAUCUCAGAAGUUAUCUCAGAAGUUGCAGUUGAAGAGGGUCAUCAUCAUAACCAUAUGGAUCCUUCAGUAAUGGUGUUCUUCACUCUGAAAGAUUUAAGGGUUGGGAAGAGAAUGGCCAUUCAUUUUCCAAAGAGAGAUCCAGCUAAGUCACCGAAGUUUUGGCCAAAAGAAGAAGCUGAUUCAGUCCCUUUCUCGUCCAACCAGCUGCCACACCUUCUCAAACUCUUCUCUUUCUCUCCACACUCUUCUCAAGCCACGGCCAUGGAGAACACGCUAAGGGAGUGUGAGAGCAAACCCAUCAAAGGAGAGGUAAAGUUCUGCGCCACCUCCUUAGAAUCCAUGCUUGAAUUCACACAGAGCAUUCUCGGGGUGACAUCAGAACUCCAAGCUUUUUCCACCUUGCACCAGACCACGUCAAGUGUGACUUUCCAAAACUACACUAUCCAAGAAACCAUCAUGGAAAUCCCAGCUCCAAAAAUGGUGGCUUGUCACACCAUGCCGUACCCUUAUGCUGUUUUUUACUGCCAUAGCCAAGAAAGUGCGAAUAGGGUAUAUAGGGUCUCACUGGUUGGCGAAAAUGGCGAUAGAGUGGAAGCCAUGGCUGUUUGUCACUUAGAUACCUCACAGUGGGUACCUACUCAUGUUUCAUUUCAGGUGCUUCGGAUCACUCCUGGAACCUCUCCCGUGUGCCAUUUCUUCCCUGCGGAUCAUCUCAUUUGGGUCCCUAAACCACAAGCUCACGGUUCUUCAAGCAUAUGAUAUAUACUAGUAUUUUUACAUGCUUAUGAACCCAAUAAUGCUGGAGAAAAAAAAAAUGCAAGAGCUUAAUCAUGUACUAUAUAUGAAUAUGCAAGGGUUUCUGCAUCCUAAUUUCAUCAUAAUUAUGAAUCCUAACCUA